GGAGUGGGGUGGGAUGUGAAACCGCAGCUCCUCAGUUAGUAGGCCAUUUCCUGCUGUACGCAUGCGCCGGUUUUCCAGCACCAGUCUCGUCGCCGAUGCCGCGAGGCUGUUAGGCUCCGCCUGCGCGCGCUACGCCCUGACGUCAGCGUCGCGCGCAGCGCAGUGACGAAAUCGGCUGGUUUAUAUUGGCGCGGCCCGGACGGCAGAGGUCUCUGCGGCGCGGUCCUCGGAGACACGCGGCGGUGUCCUGUUUUGGCCAUGGCCGACUACUUGAUUAGCGGUGGCACGUCCUACGUGCCAGACGACGGACUCACAGCACAGCAGCUCUUCAACUGCGGAGACGGCCUCACUUACAAUGACUUUCUCAUUCUCCCUGGGUACAUCGACUUCACUGCAGACCAGGUGGACCUGACUUCUGCUCUGACCAAGAAAAUCACUCUUAAGACCCCACUGAUUUCCUCUCCCAUGGACACAGUCACAGAGGCUGGGAUGGCCAUAGCAAUGGCGCUUACAGGCGGUAUUGGCUUCAUCCAUCACAACUGUACACCUGAAUUCCAAGCCAAUGAAGUUCGAAAAGUGAAGAAAUACGAGCAGGGAUUCAUCACAGACCCUGUAGUGCUCAGCCCCAAGGAUCGCGUGCGGGAUGUUUUUGAGGCGAAGGCCCGGCAUGGUUUCUGCGGUAUCCCAAUCACAGACACAGGCCGGAUGGGGAGCCGCUUGGUGGGCAUCAUCUCCUCCAGGGACAUUGAUUUUCUCAAAGAGGAGGAACAUGACUGUUUCUUGGAAGAGAUCAUGACAAAGAGGGAAGACUUGGUGGUAGCCCCUGCAGGCAUCACACUGAAGGAGGCAAACGAAAUUCUGCAGCGCAGCAAGAAAGGCAAGCUGCCCAUUGUAAAUGAAGAUGAUGAGCUUGUGGCCAUCAUUGCCCGGACAGACCUGAAGAAGAAUCGGGACUACCCACUGGCCUCCAAAGAUGCCAAGAAACAGCUGCUGUGUGGAGCAGCCAUUGGCACUCAUGAAGAUGACAAGUAUAGGCUGGACUUGCUCGCCCAGGCUGGUGUGGAUGUAGUGGUUUUGGACUCUUCCCAGGGAAACUCCAUCUUCCAGAUCAAUAUGAUCAAGUACAUCAAAGAGAAAUACCCCAAUCUCCAGGUCAUUGGAGGCAACGUGGUCACUGCUGCUCAGGCCAAGAACCUCAUUGAUGCAGGUGUGGAUGCCCUGCGGGUGGGCAUGGGAAGUGGCUCCAUCUGCAUUACCCAGGAAGUGGCUCCCAAGAUCCCUCCAGACAUAAAGUCCCACAGCCCCAAAUGCCCUUCUACUGUCACGGGUUGCUAUAUGCUGGCCUGUGGGCGGCCCCAAGCAACAGCAGUGUACAAGGUGUCAGAAUAUGCACGGCGCUUUGGCGUUCCAGUCAUUGCUGAUGGAGGAAUCCAAAAUGUGGGCCAUAUUGCCAAAGCCUUGGCCCUUGGGGCCUCCACAGCUCUGCCCCAGGCACGCCAUCUGUCCACAGUCAUGAUGGGCUCUCUCCUGGCUGCCACCACUGAGGCCCCUGGUGAGUACUUCUUCUCUGAUGGGAUCCGGCUAAAGAAAUAUCGCGGUAUGGGUUCUCUCGAUGCCAUGGACAAGCACCUCAGCAGCCAGAACAGAUAUUUCAGUGAAGCUGACAAAAUCAAAGUGGCCCAGGGGGUGUCUGGUGCUGUGCAGGACAAAGGGUCCAUCCACAAAUUCGUCCCUUACCUGAUUGCUGGCAUCCAACACUCGUGCCAGGACAUUGGUGCCAAGAGCUUGACCCAAGUCCGAGCCAUGAUGUACUCUGGAGAGCUUAAGUUUGAGAAGAGAACAUCCUCAGCCCAGGUGGAGGGUGGCGUCCAUAGCCUCCAUUCGUAUGAGAAGCGCCUUUUCUGAAAAGGGAUCCAGCACAUUGCCUCAGUUUUUUUCAAUAAAAGUUUAGAAAA